AUGAAUGCUCUUCAUAAUAUCACCAAGAAACCAGAACAUAUUGACGAGCUUGUGCGUGAGAUCACCGAGGUCUUCGCCCACCAUGGCGGGUGUUGGAGUAGGUGUGCCGUUGCCGAUAUGACGAAAUUAGAUUCCGCUAUGCGCGAGUCUCAGCGAUUGAACAACGGCAACUUCAUCACAGUUGUUCGCAAAGUGGUUCAACUAGAUGGUAUCACCACUCCCACUGGGUUGCAUCUCCCUUAUGGCACUAUUCAGGACGUUCCUGGUUACGGUAUGCAUCACGACGAGGAGAUCUGCCCUAAUCCGAACGACUAUAAUCCAUUUCGAUCCAGCGAGAUAGGUGAUGGGAAGUCGGAGAAAUCUUCAGGAAGAAGGACCAGGCACAGCUGGGUCACAACCAGUCCCGAGUAUACGCCAUUCGGCCACGGUCGGUAUGCGUGUCCGGGCCGUUUCUUUGCUUCAACAGAGCUUAAGAUUCUACUGGCAUACUUGAUCUUUAACUAUGAUAUUCUGCCGCUAGCCCCACCGCCACAAAACUUAUGGCGUGUGGCAUCUCAGGUUGCUGGGCUGAAGCCUCGCUUCCGAGUUCGUCGAAAGAAGCGUGAGUGA